AUGUUAUCACAGUGCAAUUUUCUCUCUCACUCCCCAAUAUCCAAUUAUUCUCUCUGCUCAACCUUCCGUCUCAGAGCCAUGGCUCCCCAAACCACGCCUCUUCAACUCAAUAGCUUUGCCGAGGUCGGUAACAAAGUCGCCGAUGCUGCCGGAGAAGUUAUCCGCAAAUACUUCCGGAAGAAGAACUUCGACGUUGUUCACAAACAUGAUCUUAGUCCAGUAACCAUUGCAGAUCAAUCGGCUGAGGAGGCUAUGGUUUCAAUCAUACUAGACAAUUUCCCUUCUCAUGCAAUUUAUGGAGAGGAAAAGGGGUGGAGGUGUAAAGAAAAUACUGCAGAUUAUGUUUGGGUAUUAGAUCCCAUAGAUGGGACAAAGAGUUUUAUUACGGGGAAACCCGUGUUUGGUACUCUCAUUGCUCUUCUACAAAAUGGAACACCAAUUCUUGGCAUAGUUGAUCAACCUGUGUUAAAAGAAAGGUGGAUCGGGAUAACUGGAAAGAGAACUACACUCAAUGGAGAAGAAAUAUCUACACGCACUUGUGCAGACCUUUCUCAAGCAUACUUGUACACCACAAGCCCACAUCUGUUCAGUGGAGAUGCAGAAGAGGCAUUCAUCCGUGUUAGAAGCAAGGUUAAAAUUCCAUUAUACGGCUGUGACUGCUAUGCAUAUGCUCUUUUGUCUUCCGGUUUUGUGGAUCUUGUUGUUGAGUCUGGUUUGAAGCCAUACGAUUUUCUUGCAUUGGUACCUGUUAUUGAAGGUGCUGGAGGUGUCAUAACCGAUUGGAAAGGAGAUCAACUGUUUUGGGAAGCUUCUCCACUUUCAAUCGCAACAAGUUUUAAUGUUGUGGCUGCGGGGGACAAACAGAUUCAUCAACAAGCUCUAGAUUCAUUGCAGUGGAAGUAUAGCUUGAAUUAA